UUCAUCGCGCCCGAUCAACUGGUGAACAGCUGUUCGUACCCAGCGGAAAAGCAUGCUUUUGCGAACCGUUCCCGCUCGUUGAUCUAGGGACGGAAUGCUUGGCGGAAAAACCUUUUGCGCGGUUUCGUGGAUCGUGUGCUGAUAUCGUAGAAAAAAAAGUUUUUGGAUUGAGAGGAAGUUGAAUCAAAAAAAGUUAUAAUGUAUGGCCUUAUACUGGAAAAUAUGGCUGAGUACAUCAAACAGACUUAUGGGGAGGAAAAAUGGGAAGAAAUACGAAGGGCUGCAGGCGUAGAAACUCCCUGUUUCAGUACCCAUCAAGUGUACUCGGAAGCCUUCAUACCACGUUUAUCGAAAAAAGCAGUACAGAUCCUGAACGUGGGUGAGAAGGAAUUCUUCGACCAGAUGGGAGUGUUCUUCAUAAGUUUCGUCAGCCAAUAUGGCUACGACAGGGUGCUCUCUGUUCUAGGUAGACACAUGAGGGAUUUCCUCAACGGGUUGGACAAUCUGCACGAGUAUUUGAAGUUCUCAUAUCCCAGGAUGCGAGCUCCCAGUUUUAUCUGCGAGAAUGAAACUAAACAAGGGCUCACCCUGCAUUAUAGGAGUAAGCGGAGAGGAUUUGUUUACUAUACCAUGGGGCAAAUAAGGGAGGUAGCCAGGCAUUUUUACCACAAGGAAAUGAAGAUUGAGCUAAUAAGGGAGGAAAUUCUCUUCGAUAUGGUGCACGUCACUUUCCAGUUGACGUUCGAUAAUAGAGCAUUCACCUUCGCUUCUUUGGCGAUGACUAGAGAGGAGAAACACCUGCCGAUAAGUGCCUCGGUUCUUUUUGAGAUCUUCCCCUUCUGCAUAGUUUUCGGAUCCGACAUGGUCGUCAGGAGCAUAGGUAACUCCUUGAUGGUGAUCAUGCCAGAUCUCAUAGGAAAAAGGAUAACCAAUUGGUUCGACCUAGUCAGACCCUUAACGGCUUUCAAAUUCCAAACUGAAUAUUUCGAAACUAUUUUCCAGAUAUUGAAUAGGACGAACAACAUCUUCGAGCUGGUCUCGGUCGAACCCAUAAUCAACGAGAAGCCCAACGAUCGGCCUGCCGAGGUUCUCUUCAGCGACGACAUGGAGUCCACUGAGGACAAGAGCCUCAGGCUCAAAGGUCAGAUGAUAUACAUGGACAACUGGAAGAUGAUGAUGUACCUGGGAACGCCUGUGAUGCCUGACCUGAACUCGCUUAUAAACUCUGGGUUGUACAUCAACGAUUUGUCCAUGCACGAUUUCAGCAGAGAUCUGAUGCUGGCAGGGACGCAACAAUCGGUCGAGCUGAAACUGGCGCUGGACCAGGAGCAACAGAAGAGUAAGAAGUUGGAGGAGAGUAUGAGAAAAUUGGAUGAGGAAAUGAGGCGAACGGAUGAGCUUCUUUAUCAGAUGAUUCCGAAACAAGUAGCCGACAGACUGAGGAAGGGCGAGAAUCCCAUCGAUACGUGUGAGAUGUUUGACUCUGUUUCCAUACUCUUCUCCGAUGUAGUUACUUUCACCGAAAUAUGUAGCAGGAUAACACCUAUGGAAGUUGUCUCUAUGCUGAAUGGAAUGUACUCAAUUUUCGAUAAAUUAACUGAAAGAAACCAUGUGUACAAGGUAGAAACCAUUGGCGAUGCCUACAUGGUGGUGUCGGGAGCUCCUGAGAAGGAAGGAAACCACGCUGAAAGGGUUUGUGACAUGGCUUUGGACAUGGUGGAGGCCAUAACGGAUCUGAAGGAUCCAUCAACAGGCCUCCACUUGAAGAUCCGGGUUGGGGUCCAUUCCGGAGCCGUUGUGGCAGGAAUAGUUGGACUGAAAAUGCCGAGGUACUGCCUGUUCGGAGAUAGCGUGAACACAGCAUCCAGGAUGGAGUCGACUUCGGAAGAGAUGAAAGUGCAUAUCUCGGAGUAUACCAGAGUGUUCCUGCCGUCCUGCUACAAGGUGGCCGAGAGGGGAGAGAUACAGAUUAAGGGUAAAGGAAGCAUGAGGACUUUUUGGCUGGAAGGCAAAGAGAACAGAAUACCCUUGGAUAGAAAUCUGGAUCCGCCGGUGAUAACCAGCAAAUCGAUCAUGGUGAACCAGGAUAAGAUUUACUUUUCUCCCGUACGUAAAAGUGAAGAUAGGAGGACUGGCAGUUAUACGCCAAUAACGUUCAAAGAUGUUGCUAGAAGAAGCAUAGCGAAUUCCCCAAUGAAGUAUUCUUCAGUUAAAGAGUCCCGUUCGAACUCCAUAGGAGCCUUCUACGCCUCCAGUGUGAACCCUUCCGAAAUCUUCGGUUCGACAAUAUCCGACCUCAGCCCAGAAACAUCUUUUGACCUCUCCCCCACCAACAUAGCAGUACCUCCAGCCUGCCCCUUCAGGAGCAGAUGCACCACCGCACCACCCAGAACUGAGCACAAGACGGAGGUCAGCUUGCUGGCCCAGGGAAAGCCUUCGGAUCUUCCCCCAGGCCAACUGGCGUGCACCGGAAACAGGGAAACCCGCCCGAAUCAAGAAGAAACCACCGCUUGUCAGAAGAUCCAGAAGAACCCCUCCUGCAAUACGCUAGAGUUGCCCCAGAUCCAAAGCGGAAGUUGUUGCGAGCAACAAACGGUUGAAACUCCAGUCUGCAGCUUCCAGACGAUGACCAGGAGCCAGGUGUUGUACACCGCCAGGGAAAACUUCGAGAAUUUUCAAGAGGAAGCCACCAACUCCUGCAAAAACCAACAGUGCAACGCUAAAGAGAACAAGUAUGAAUUUGGUAAAAGCAUGCAUGAAUAUGCUAAGAAGCUGAGCAAAUCCAAGGCCGACAAGAAGGUUCACGUGAAGGAAACAGAGGCUCAUAUGUGCGCAUCCUCUCCCUCCAGUUCAGGCAACCAUAACCUGAAGAAAUCAGCUGGUCAUCAUCAUCAUUAUACCAACUCUCAUAUGAGGCAUCACAAUCCGCAUCACCAGCAAUGUUGUUCGGGGUUUGGUGCUGGAAAUAGACAUAGAUUCCAAAGUAAUGCUUGUGUGAUAUUUUAGUCUAUAUAUUUCAGUUUUGCUAUAGGUAAAGACGAUUUUUUCCCAUUGACCAAUAAAAUAUAGGUUGUAUAGUUGGUGAGCAAGUUUUGAGGAGUUUGGGAUCCUCUGUUCUCUAACCGAAUGCUGUGAGAAUAGUCGUGUCUACUCUGUUGUGAUUUAUCCUUAGUAAUUAUUAAAUUUCACAAAAUACAUUCGAUUAUUUUCGGAUCUCUUUGUAGGCACUGUGGAUCGUGAUCUCAUAGUAUAUUCUUCGAUAUUAGUGCUUGUCUCUAACUUGGAAUAAAUCCAGAAAACCAAAGAGAAUUUUUUCUUGCAACAGGACAGGUUAAUUUGUACUUUUGAUCUAAGAAAAUUUCACAUAGCGUGUCCCAAAUUUGAGAUAUAACUACUCGACCUAUCCGAGCAUAUUUCACACAAAAAAUAUGCGUUUGACUCACGGUAUUUAUUUAAACUUAGAGAUUCGCACUGUACAUAUACCUAAUAAAAAAAGCUUCGACUUUUCUUUAUUAAAAAUGCGUUCAGAUGAAUUUUUUUCUAAAUAAAAAGAUAUUGGUGAGAAUGCUGAAAGGAAUUUGAAGAAGACAUAUCUAUUAUAAUAUCUCUAUUGUGAAAAUUAUAAACAUCGAAGGAGUUUGUACAAAGUUAUUUUAGUUCGAAUGAAAUAUAAUUCUCAUAAUUUUUUCCAGGUAAAUUAUUUAUUUCUUUUAAGAUGUUAUACAUAAAACUGUUUAAUUCUCUGGAAAUAUCUCAAUAUAUAUGUUUAAUAAAA